ACGGGAGAUGUCUUGUUGGUGAGUUACGGGAGGCAAGUCGAACCCAAGACGCUGAGACUACGCUUGGAUGUUUAAUCCGUACUGCACAUGUCCGGAGUAUGAACUUGUCCUACUCGCUUGUAGAUCGUCGUCGUCUUCUUCUUUGAAUUCACCCAAUCAAAAGAUACAAGCAAAUCAGAUUCAGACCCACUUGGUAAGAUUGGGCUUUGACCAAUUUGUAUAUGUGAGUACUGCAUUUCUUGAUUUAUGCAUGAAAUUGGGAUGUAUAAAGAAUGCACAGAAGUUGUUUGAUUAUAUGCGUGAUCGAGAUGUUGUGACUUGGAAUGUAUUGAUUUGUGGGUAUUCGCGAAAUGGGUAUGAUUCUGAUGCGUUGGAACUCUUUGUUCAAAUGCUUAGAGAGGGUUUUAGUCCUUGUCAGACGACUUUGGUUAGUUUGGUUCCAUCUUGUGGUCAGCAUGAGCUAGUGUUUCAAGGGAAAUCUAUUCAUGGAUUUGGAAUUAAGGCUGGCCUUGAUUUGGAUUCUCAAGUCAAGAAUGUGCUUACUUCUAUGUAUUCUAAGUGUGCAGAUUUGGAAGCUGCAGAACUUUUGUUUGAGGAAAUGGUUGAGAGAAACGUGGUUUCUUGGAAUACCAUGAUUGGCGCCUAUGGGCAGAACUGUUAUUUUGAUGACGCUAUGCUUGUCUUCAAACAAAUGCUGGAGGAGAGUGUGGAAGCCAAUUCAGUAACCAUUGUGAGCCUUCUGUCAGCAAAUGCUCAUCCUGAAUCUAUACAUUGUUAUGCAAUCAAAACUGGUGUUGUCAAUGACACUUCUGUGAUUACUACACUUGUUUGUGUUUAUGCAAGGUACAUGAACACAGAAUUAGCCGAGCUGCUUUAUGAGUCAUUUCCCCAGAAGAACUUGGUUUCCCUUACAGCAAUUAUUUCAAGCCAUGCUGAGAAAGGAAAGAUGGAUUUGGUGGUGGGUUGCUUUAAUCAAAUGCAGCAAUUAGAGAUGAAGAUGGAUGCAGUUGCUAUGGUCAGCAUCCUCCAUGGGAUUACACAUCCUGUUCACUUGGGCAUUGGACUCACAUUCCAUGGUUAUGGAUUAAAGAUUGGGUUGAGUGAUAAUAGUUUGGUUGCAAAUGGCCUGAUAAGCAUGUACUCCAACUUUGAUGAUAUAGAAGCUGCUUUUUCUUUGUUUUUUGAGAUGCGUGAGAAAACAUUGAUCAGCUGGAAUUCUGUGAUAUCUGGCUGUGUACAGGCUGGAAGGCCAAGUGACGCCAUGGAGUUGUUCUGUCAAAUGCAGAGGUUUGAUCACAGUCCAGAUGCGAUUACCAUUGCGAGUUUACUUUCAGGUUGUUGCCAACUUGGAUACCUACAGUUUGGGGAGAGACUUCAUACUUACGUCCUAAGAAACAAUCUAGAAGUGGAAGAUUUUGUUGGAACUGCUCUUAUAGACAUGUACACCAAGUGCGGAAGAAUAGAUUGUGCUGAACGGGUGUUUAAGAGCAUCAAAGAGCCAUGUUUGGCAACAUGGAAUGCGAUAAUCUCAGGCUACAGUUUAUAUGGGCAUGAGCAUAAAGCUCUUGGCUGUUAUUCUGAAAUGCAAGUUCAAGGACUAAAACCUGAUAAAAUUACCUUCUUGGGUGUUUUAGCUGCUUGUACUCAUGGGGGUCUUGUUGAUAAAGGAAGAAGGUACUUCCAAAUCAUGAGAGAAGAGUUUGGCAUGGUGCCGGGUUUGCAGCACUAUGCAUGCAUGGUUGGUCUCCUUGCUCGGGCAGGCUUGUUUGAAGAAGCAAUGGAUUGUGUCAAGGAUAUGGAGAUUAAGCCUGAUUCUGCCGUGUGGGGAGCUUUGCUCAGCGCUGCUUGCAUCCAUCAAGAGGUCAGGCUUGGGGAAUGUUUUGCCAAGAAGUUACUUUUCUUGGAUUGCAGCAAUGGUGGGUUUUUCGUGUUAAUGUCAAAUCUUUAUGCUAUGAAAGGGAGGUGGGAUGAUGUAGCAAGGAUGAGGGACAUGAUGAGAGACAGUGGAGGGGAUGGCUGUUCAGGAGUUAGCAUCAUUGAAAUGACUUCAUUUGAAGACAUGAAUAGAAACUUGUGCUUGAGUAAAGUGAAUCUGAAUACAAAAUUUUUGGCUACCUGAGUUUUUCUUUUAAUUUUUUGAAUGUUGAUUGAUUUUAUCCUA